UUCUGUACUAUUUUCCUUAGGUUCUGCCCAUUUUAUAAGACUGUGGGGAUGCUGUCCAACAUGAUUGCGUUCUACGAUAUGGCACGCCGAGCAGUUGAGACGACCGCCCAGAGUGACAAUAAGAUUACUUGGGCCAUUAUCAGAGAGAACAUGAACGAGAUCCUCUACCGACUCACAUCUAUGAAAUUCAAGGACCCAGUGAAAGACGGCGAGGCAAAGAUCAAAGCAGAUUAUGCACAGCUUUUUGAAGAUAUGCAGAAUGCAUUCCGCAGUCUAGAAGACUAGAGGGCGUUCUUCUGGGAGCCCCAGUGGAGUGUGUUCCUUCUGGUUUUACUGGUAAUAGAAGAUGUACAUUUUGCUGAAAAAAAGUAUCUUUAAUACAUUCCUGUUCAGUUUAGUAGCUCAAUGUGUGGAUGUGAACCUGUGCUUAAAGCUAUAUUUCGUAAUGGUUCCCGUAACCUGAAGUGUCGGCCACCAGAUUUGACUUCAGCGGACAGUUUCUCUCUUUUUGGAAGAGAACUAAGGGAGUGAAAGCAUAAAUGGGGAGGAAAAAAUCAUGUUGAUGUAUUGAGAGAACAUAAGAGUAGCUGAACCUGGUUUCUAAUUACAUGUUAAGUAGUUCUGACACUUGAGAGGUAGGAUUUAUUUAUUGUAUUUUGAAGCUGCUCUUGCCACUAUAGAACACAAA